GCUAAAUUGUGUUCGUCUUUAAGAAAAUGGGAAGGUUAAUAUGGUUUUCCCUAAUCCUCUGCCUUUCCUUCAUGUUGUUACAGUUUCGAGUCCAAAGCUCCUCACCUUCUCAAUCUUCUGUUGAUUCACCGCCACAUUUGUGCCGUCCUGAAGAGCGUUCUGCAUUGCUUGAUUUCAAAAGCACUACUAACUUCAACGAAUACUGUUUUGGUGGUCCUCGUCGUAUAAUACAAACUUGGAACGAGAGUAAAGACUGCUGCUUGUGGGAGGGCAUCACAUGCGACAAGCCGAAAGGUCACGUGGUUGGCCUUGAUCUUAGCAGUAAUUGUCUUGAGGCCGAUCUAACUACAAAUAGUAGUCUUCUCCUCCUUGAGAAGUUGCAGAGCCUCAACCUUGCUCAUAAUGAAUUUAACCACCCCAAUAUAUCAUUGGGGUUCCAUAAUUGGAAGAGUUUGACAUAUCUUAAUCUCUCAAAUAUAGGAUACAUGGAUGGCUCUCUCCUGUUUGAUGAGAUCUCCUUGCUAUCAAAAUUGGUUUCACUCGAUCUCUCCAGUAAUUAUGGUUUGCUUCUUGACAACGUAAAGUUUCAAAUGCUUGUGCAUAACUUAACAGAAUUAAGAUUUCUUAUCCUUGAUUCUGUGAAUAUGUCUCUAGUUGCGCCUUCUUCCCUGCUAAACUUGACUUCCUCCUUGGACCAUUUGAGCCUUAGUGAUUGUAGUUUGCAAGGAAACUUUCCAAGCCAGGUUUUUCAGCUUCCAUCUCUUCAAGUUCUUGAUUUAAGCUACAACUCUGAUUUAGGAGACCUCCAAAACAAUAGACUUACCGGACCUAUUGAUCAUAUUGAGAUGCCUAGUUGCACUUUACAACAAGUCUAUUUGUCCAAUAAUGAGAUAAGUGGUUCAAUUCCUAGCUCCUUCUUUGAUCUUGUGAAUCUCACUGGAGUUGACCUUUCUUCAAAUAACUUAAGUGGCACCAUUACAUCCGACAUGCUUUCGAAGCUUGUAGACCUUGAGGAACUUGAUCUUUCCCAUAAUAGUUUGCUGUCUUUGAGCAAUAAUGGCACUACCGUCAACUAUUCCUUUCCGAACCUCUCGUCUUUAAAAUUCUCUUCUUGCAACAUACACAAGUUCCCAAGUUUCUUAAGGAAGGCAGAGAGUUUGACACUAUUGGAUGUUUCCAAGAACAAGAUUUCUGGUCAAAUUCACAGAAGGGAAAUAGAAGGGAUGUCAUUAGAGACCUUAAACCUUUCUUAUAACUUGUUGACUGGUAUAGAUUCAUUUGGUUUUGGAAAUCUUAUAACUGUUGACCUCAGAUCCAAUGUACUACAAGGAUCACUUCCCAUUCUAUCAACAACUUGGGAUUCUAUGCAACAACUCUUCAUUUCAAGGAACAAUUUGAAUGGCGAAAUUCCUUCUUCCUAUUGCAAUUUGACUUCUCUUGGAGUUCUGGAUUUAGCUUAUAAUAGUUUGGGAGGAAAAAUUCCAAAAUGUCUUGGAAACUUGAGUAAUCUCGCCUUCUUGGAUCUGCGGAUGAAUAAGUUUCAUGGCAGAAUACCAAAUUCUUUUAUCAACCCGAGUAACCCGAGAACUCUUAACCUAAAUGGCAACCAAUUGGAAGGGAUACUACCUCGGUCUUUGGUUGAUUGCAGUAACUUGGAAAUUCUAGAUGUUGGGAACAACAACUUGAAUGAUACCUUUCCACAUUGGUUAGGUGUUCUUCCAUCGCUAAAAGUUCUCAUCCUUCGAUCUAAUGGAUUUCAUGGUGCCAUCAACAAUUCUAUGCCUGCAUUUUACUUCCCUCAGUUGAGAAUCAUUGAUGUUGCGCAGAAUGAUUUUAUGGGUCUCCUACCCAGUAACUAUUUCAAAAUUUUGAAUGGAAAACCAUGGUGGGUGGUGAAGAAAGUGGAGAAAUACCAACAGAAAUUAAUUGGAAGGUGCAACCAAAGGCAUAAGAAGAGAAAAACCCAAAAACCCAACCAACACUCUUAGGUGCAACCAAGUGCAGUUGAUUUCCUACUCUGGGGAGAUAUGGCAACAGUUGCUUCUUGAGUUUGUUUCCAUCUUUUUCAUGUUCAUUGUUGAUAUAUAGUUGUGUUGACUUGUGUGGGAAUUAUGGUUAUGUAUGAAUUUGUGUUAAUUUCUUUUGGAUUUCAUUUAUGUACUCUGCACACAAUUGCUCAUGUAUUUUUCUUAAUGUAGUUUGUUUCCUUUAAUGUUGUCUCUUCCUAUAUUUUGUUCUCUCUUCCUUUGUUUUGGUUGUCUUUGAACAGUCCAUUUUACUGAAGUAAAAUGUAAAAUUUUUU